AUGCACAUUGGUGGACUGAGAACCGCUUUAUUCAGUUACCUACUGGCUAAAAAAACCAAGGGCCAAUUCUUGCUUCGAAUAGAGGACACCGAUCAAGUAUGUCAGACUGGCUGCCAUGUAAUUACUUUUUCAGAUUGCUGAUUGACGAAGAAAAGAUUAGUACCGGACGCUGAAGCGCAACUCUGCGAAGACCUCCAAAAAGCCGGCCUCCAAUGGGACGAAGGACCUCUUGUUGGCGGCCCAUACGGGCCAUACAAACAAUCGGAACGUACAGACUUCUAUCGACAACACGCGAAACAUUUGCUCGAUUCUGAAGCCGCAUAUCGCUGUUUCUGCACGCCUCAAACCUCUGGAUCCGCUGGUGGCAAGGCCGCGUACGUGACUAGUGGUUGUUACCAAGACUGCUCAUCGUUGCCUCUGGAAGAAGCCCAGGAUCGUGCGCAGGGCAGGAAUGAAGCAUUCACAGUUCGAUUGAAGCAGCCUGGCAAUGUACACAAACGAGUUUACAAGGACUUGAUCUAUGGGAAGAUACAACCAUUAAAACGCUCACCUAGUGCUAGCCCGGAUAGCGAGGAUGAUUCUGGUAUUGACGCCGCGGAUACCAUCUUGAUCAAAUCGGACGGCACGCCAACGUACCAUUUUGCUAACGUGGUGGACGACCAUUCAAUGGGGAUUACACAUGUCAUCCGUGGAACAGAGUGGAUGGCAAGCACUCCUUUGCAUUACGAUUUGUACUCCGCCUUCGGAUGGGAGCCUCCAGCCUUCGCCCAUGUAGGGCUAUUAGUAGACGAGACGAAAGCGAAAUUAUCGAAACGAAGCAACACCGGCCUUGUGCUCGACGUCAAGAGCAUGAGAGAAGAACAGGGCAUUCUCCCCGAGGUGUUGAACAACUUCCUAGCCUUGUUAGGCUGGAGUAACCCCGGCCGGAGUGACGUCCUGGAGAUGAAAGACCUCGUCCGCAGCUUCGAUCUGAAGUUCACAAAAGGCAAUACUGUUGUCAUGAUGGACAAGCUUUGGUAUUUGCAGAAGCGACACAUUGCCCUAAAGUGCGAACGAGCACAAGCCAGCAACUCUACCGAGCCCAUCCAAAACGUCGUUUCGCAAAUCCGCGAAGAAGUUGAAAGACAAUUGUCCGGAUCUAUCAAGCAACGCUUUCCAACGCAACUCGAUCUUGAAGCAUAUUGCGCCGAAAUCUUGCUCGCAGACUCCAAAGCCUACCGUACUCCGAGAGAAUACGUCGAACGUAAUCGCUACUUUUUCGAUCACGAUCCAUCCCAAAUGACCCACAGCGACAGCUUCUCUGACGGUGCAGCUUCUAUGGCAUAUGCAGCAAUCACCAAGAAGAUCCUUGAAAGUUUCGAUUUCAAUCAGCCCUAUCGCGAACCCGCUGUUGCAACGUGUCGUACCACGAAGCCAGCCUCAGAGAUCGAACGUAUAUCUAGUCGAAUUCAUGCUGCGAUCCAUCAUUCCAUCUGGCGUGCCCUCGCGAAUCCUAUGUGGCUCAUGCUGCCGGAGGAACGAUAUGCUGAAGCAGCCGCUAAAGGACAGGUCCCACCGCCCGGACAAGAAUUGGAAUAUGUGCCUUUCACGGAUCAAUCACUUGAUAAAGAAGCCAUGGCCAAGCUACUGGGCGACAAGUCAUCGAACCCGCAAUUGACGAUUGCUGGGACAGAAGAGACCGUGAAAGCGUACAAUGAAUGGAACAAGGGAAUGAUGAGAUACUUGAGGGAACGAUUGAGCUAUGGCUUGCCAGGGCCAGGAAUCGGUGUCGUCAUGGCAAUCUUGGGGUAUGAGGAGUGCUGCAAGCGACUGGGUGCGGUCGCGCAGGAAAAAGGUGGGUGGCGAAGAAACGGGUCGGUAUCGCCGUGA